UGGGACAGAUCACACUGGAUCACAAACCCAUCUGUAAUCUAAGCAGAGCAGCUCAUCAUCUUCAACAGCAGCAAGCUGCAGCAGCAUCCUAUCGAAAUUCAACAAACCCAUCCCUUGAAAGCCAAUCCAUCUCUUCCCAUUCACAACAAAUAGCCAAAUCCUAAUCAAAUUCAAAAUCAAGACCUAACCCAUCUUCCCUUCCCCUCCCGCUAUCCCGAAUUACUUACCAAUCUCCGUUUUUCCUGCUUCCCCCCCCCUCCGCUGGUCUUCAAUGGAGACUCUGACUUCUCUCUGUGCGAGCCAAACUCUUGUUUCCCACACAGCCCGCCCGAUGCCCAUUUCCGCCUCCGGAAGCUCCGUCUCCGCAAAUGGCUACGCUUACUCUCUCAAUUCUCGAGCUUUCCUUCCAAGGAAGCAGAGGAUGAGCAUCAUUAAGGCCUCUGUCGCCGUGGAGCAGCAGACAGAGAAGCCCAAGGUUGCCCUCGUCAGAAUCGGCACCAGGGGAAGGUGCUUACUCUUCAAUUCCUUUUCCUGUUAGUACACUCUUCGAUUCUGAUCUUGCCAUCGUAUAAUGUGGGUUUGUUGCCCUUGUUAUUGUUUCCCAUUCCGAGAAUUACGAAAUGGGGUUUUGGAGGCUGUGAAGGUCUUAGGUUGGCUUGCUUGAUUAUGAUAUAUACAGAUUUCUUCUUGUGGAGAACCCUUGGAAUUCCUGGAUAUAGGUUGUAGUUUAGGAAUCAGUGUGCUGAAUGUUUGAAUUACUAGCUACCAAUGCUACUACAAUUUCUGCUCAAUUUGAUGUUAUUGGUUUCAAGGAAAGCCCGCUGGCACUAGCUCAGGCUCAUGAGACCAGGGAGAAACUCAUGGCGGCACAUUCCGAGCUAGCUGAGGAAGGUGCUAUCGAGAUUGUGAUUAUAAAGACCACAGGAGAUAAGAUCCUCAGUCAGCCGCUUGCCGACAUUGGAGGGAAAGGGUUGUUUACCAAGGAAAUUGAUGAGGCACUGAUCAACGGUGACAUUGACAUUGCGGUGCACUCCAUGAAAGAUGUUCCUACCUAUUUACCUGAACAGACAAUCCUGCCUUGUAACAUGGAGCGAGAAGAUGUUAGAGAUGCAUUCAUCUCGUUGAAUGCAUCUUCACUGGCAGAUCUCGCUGCUGGGAGCAUAAUUGGCACUGCUUCCCUCAGGAGAAAAUCGCAGAUACUCCACCGGUAUCCCUCGCUUAAGGUGGUCGAAAACUUCCGUGGAAAUGUGCAGACGAGGUUGCGAAAACUGAAUGAGGGAGUAGUGCACGCAACGUUGUUAGCAUUAGCUGGCCUAAGACGUUUGAACAUGACAGAGAACGUGACAGCCACUCUGUCAAUCGACGACAUGCUCCCAGCGGUUGCUCAAGGAGCAAUUGGAAUCGCCUGCAGAACCAAUGAUGAUAAAAUGGCCGAGUACCUAGCUUCGCUGAACCAUGAAGAGACCAGGCUGGCGGUUACCUGUGAGAGGGCCUUCCUGGAAACUCUGGAUGGGUCUUGCCGCACUCCUAUUGCAGGAUAUGCCAGCAGAGAUGAGAAUGGUGAUUGCUUGUUCAAGGGACUGGUUGCUUCUCCAGACGGGACCCGUGUGCUAGAGACUUCCAGGAAAGGUCGGUAUGCUCUCGAUGAUAUGAUAUUGAUGGGUAAGGAUGCUGGGAAGGAAUUGCUUUCUAGGGCAGGUCCUGGAUUCUUCAAUUCAUGAACCAAUCGACAGCAAGUUGAGAAAAGAGAGCAGAAGCGAGAAGGCUAGUGUAGGUAAGUUGGAAACUCUUUUUUUGGAUAGGAUGCAGGGCUCUGAGUGCGAUUUGUUUCAUUUGCAACAUGGAACAUGAAAUUGUUUGUUUGUAACGGUUUGCCGGUAGAAAUGUAAGUUUUCUGUAAGCUCAAGAUCUAGUCUUUAUUUGGUUUGCAUCCACCAUCGCAAAUAAAUUUUAUUAAUACCG